GGCAGGGCGCAUAAAUCCCAUGCCUUUUUCAAUUUCGAAGCUGUAUGUGCGCAUCUGCGCUAUAAAUAAUAUCAAAUAAAAGGUUUUUUUUUGUAUCACAGAGUUGCUGUCAUCGUAACACAACGAUGGGAGGACAAGCAAAGUCUAAAAGGAAAGGCAAGCCUAAAAGAAAAGAGAACCGCAGAGGUCCAGAGAACACAGCAGAGUCCCCACAGGAGAGGGUGAAAGCUAAGAUGCAGGAAAGAGCCAAAAAGAAGACGGCUGAAAAAUACACCAUUGAUCAGUUACUGGAAAAGACAGAAGAAUGUAUGGACAACUUUGACUUUCCAAUGGCAAAGAUGUUCUGUCAGCGCGCCCUGGACAUUGAACCUACCAACCUGACCAUUCUGGACAUGCUAGGAAAUAUCUGUGCUGAGCUGGGGGACAUGGAUAAAGCCAAACAAAUAUUUCUGAAAGCAGUGGACCUGAGUCCAGAGGAAGGCCACAGCAAGUAUAUGUAUCUGGGUCAGAUUUACACAGGUGCCGAAGCCGUGCAAUACUUCAGCAAAGGCAUUGAAGUCAUGCUCAAAGCCAUAGACAAGAAAGUCCAAGAGGUUAGCAGUAUGGGAGCUGCUGCUUUACCAUCAGAGUCUCCUGUUACUGCAAAGGACGUGUCUGUGGCCUUCUGUUCCAUUGCUGAGAUCUUCUUCACUGACCUUUGUAUGGAGGAGGGAGCAGCCGAGCGGUGUAAGGAGGCUAUUGAGAAAGCGCUGCAUUAUGACCAGAACAACCCUGAAGCUCUGCAGUUAAUGGCUAGCUACCUCUUCAGCAUUGAGAAACCGGAGGAAGGCCGUGACUACCUGAUAAAGAGUGUGUCGUCAUGGUUACCGAGUCGACAGAAGGAGGAAGAGUCUUCAGCAGGCUCAGAGCAACCUGAUGAAGAUGAGGAGGAUGAGGAAAGAGUGCAGAGUAACAUCCCACCGUAUGAGUCCCGAAUAACAUCAGCCAAAUUACUGAUAGAAGUUGAGGAAUUUGAGAUGGCCACAGAUGUGUUGGAGGGUUUGUUAGAGGAGGACGAUGAGGUGGUACAGGUGUGGUAUUUGUUAGGAUGGUUGUACUAUCUCCAACCUGAAAAGCCUGGUACUGCAGAAGACUCAGAAAGCUUGAAAAAAUCAUCCAGGAUCUAUCUUACCAAAGCAAAAAAGCUCUACGUGAAGCUGCAUUGUGAGGAUGUGGCCAUGUUGGAGCACACUGAGCAGCUGUUAGGAGAACUUGGAGGAGAAUUGGUCGCUGAUGAUGAUGGGGAUGAAGCUGGACCCUCUAUUGAUGACAUUGGGGACGACUUCAUUCAGAGCAGUGAGGAUGAGGAAGAUGAUGAUGCCAUGGAGCACUGAAUGAGUGUGAAUCUUUAAUUCCACUCCAGCCAUGUUCUUCUGUUUUUAAAUCCUGGUUUUGGAGACAAUUUUGCUACAAAUCAAUUUGUCACUUCGUCUUUAAAGUUCAGAAAAGAUGGCAAAGAAUAAAGGUGGAAAAAAAUUGUAUGAUUUUAUCCAGACACGUGUUAAGUUUCUGAAAAGAGGAGAACAAUAAAGGUGUGAUCCAACUGUGCCAAAGCUGUCUAGAAGUUUUUAGUCUGAUUAAUAAGCAUAUUGAAUAUGGAUAAUUCAGUUAGACAAAACCUACUUUACAAAGAUGUGACUAGGAAUGAAAACUUUCCCCUGCUCUCUGAAGGGUUCUCUUUCUCAAACACUUUUGCAUGCUUUUUAGUGACUUUGUUUUGUUUGACCCAAGUGCCUUUUAUAGUAAUCCCUUAUAUAGUAGGGCACAAAACCCCUAGUGUAUAUGUUGCCUAGUAUUACAAUGAAGAGCAACAGCCUGGACUACUAAGACCAUUCAGAUGUUUGUUCUAUUCAUUCUUUGGCAUUUCUCACCAUGUGGUGACUUUAAUUAUCAUUUUGUAAUCAUAAUUAUACAUAUUGUCAUGAUGGGCUGUAUGCAGUGAGCCAGAAAUGCCAUCAGGGAUUAAAUAUUGCUUUUUAAAUCAAA